UGAACAACAUAGUUGAUAACAAAAACCAAAACCAGAGAGAACGUAGUGGGCGGCGGCACCACCUGAAAAUGGCAACCAGAUCAGUAGGUAAUUCAUGGAAGCAAUUAUCGUUCAACUUAAUCAAGCGAACCUUUAGCACAUGUUCUCCUGGUUCAAACCCUAGCACAACAGUAUCGAAAUCUAAGAGGAAGAAGAAGAAGAACUUGUUCGAGGUGGCUCACUUUCUUCCUAAUUGGGGAAUCGGUUUUCAUAUGGCCAAAACUCACUGGUCUGGUGUUGCUUAUCAGAUUACAAAGAUUAAUCUAUAUAAGGAUGGUAAGCAUGGGAAGGCUUGGGGAAUUGUUCACAAAGAUGGUGUACCCGCUGCUGAUGCUCCAAAGAAAAUUAGUGGCGUUCAUAAGCGUUGUUGGAAGUACAUUCCUAACUCAAAGAAAACCGAACAAAUCACAUCUCUACCACAACCUGAACCAGAGGUUCAAGCCACAUGAUGAUCUUGAAGGUUCUUGUUUCUUUUUUUUGGUUGGUUGGAACAUUUGUUAUUUGCCAUUUUUAAGAGUACUAGUAUUUGAUCUGGAUCAGGACUAAUUGUGUUCUCCAUGAUCAUUUUUACACUUGGGAUACUGCUUUUUGUUUAAGCAUGCUCAACUUAUAGGUUUUGGUGUGGCCCAGUUAAUUAGUGUCAACUAGGGGUGUAAACGAGCCGAGCCCGAGCUCACUCUUUUAACUUACAAGAGCCCAAGCUCGGCUCAUUUCGAGCUCUAUUUCUAAA